CAAAAUUUGCUUAUACCCAGCUUCUUAAGAAAAGAGGAAAAAGAAAUUAAAAAUGGUUGCCGUAGUAGUAGGAUAAAAGAGACAUGUUCUACAUGGACCGAGCCCUGCUUUGCGUUCCAUACGGUGACUGUUGAAGCCAGGGGAUAAUGAAACUUCUCCAAAUCGCUAUCGCUCAAAUCGAUAAACCCUGAGGUACAUCCGAAAACGGCAAAAGCCUAUAUGGAAUGUUUACUGAGAUUUGCAUGUGCGCCACCGCCACCCACUGCAAUCGUAACCCCAUCUCUGCCUUUCCCUCUCGACACCAAGAAGAAGAGAAAUGGUUGGUUAUUUAGAGCUAAACUCAGCGAUGAUAAUGACCCAUUACUCCAAUCAGCCAUGGAUUCAGCUUCUCUCCGUUUUCACGAGACACACCGACCAGAGCCUCUUUUUGUGGAUUUAUAUGCCGGGUGCUUUGCUCAAGUUCCAUCUCACACUCGGAUAGAUUUGAAGAAGCGAUUAGAACAUUAUUGCAUUGCAACCAAGUUCAUAGAUGAUAAGUUGCUUCGUGCGGUUAACCACAUGGAUGGGCUUAAACAGGUUGUUCUAUUAUCAGAUGGAAUGGAUACUCGGCCAUAUAGGCUUAACUGGCCUAGCUCAACCAUCAUAUUUGAUAUAUCCCCUGAAAGGGUAUUCCAAAAGGCGGCUGAAAAGCUUAAAGGUGUUGGGGCUAAGAUCCACAAUAGUUUGAUCUUAUGUUCCAUUGGAAUCCUCAAUAUUCAAGAGACUUUGCGCAUGAAAGGCUUCAAUGGUCAUCGUCCAAGUAUAUGGGCUAUCCAGGGACUACCCGUGAUGACUCUGGCAAGUUUUGAAGAGAUCUUAUUCCUCGUGAGUGGUAUGGCUAUGAAUGGGUGUCUCUUCUUGGGAGAAUUGCCUGCAUGGUUGGCAGAAACUGAAUUUGGUACCAGGUCUAGUACAGAGAAAUGGAUGGACAAUCUUUUUAUGAGCAACGGUUUCAAUGUGGAGAUAAUUAGCUACAAUGAAAUUGCUAAAAGUUUGGGAAAGGAAGUAGUACCAAGAGAUUACGGGAACAUACUAUUUGUUGCAGAACAAUUGCGGUUUUCUGAUGAUCAGGUGCAACCACUUGUUUCUGGUCCAACUUGUAAAGCAUCAUCACAGUGCAUUAGUUUAACAUGCUGGGAAGGGGUCAUUUCAUUCCUCACAAUCAUUUUCUAAGGAGUCCACAUGUGGAUUCACAUUUUUAGUAUUAAUCAUGAAAUUCAUUCCAUAGAAUAGAAAGUAUUCUAUCUCUUAAGACCUUUCAAAUUUGAAAAUUUCAUCUCUUUCGUAAUCAUCUAGCUCCCCUAACUGAUUCCAUGGAUUUUGUUUUUCUUAGCACUUUAUUCAUCAUAGGAUAAGAAUUCUCCUUUAGUUUAUAAUUGUACGACACAUCUGCAUUUGGGUUCAAACCAGGGAUAAAUGCCUUGACCUUUAGAGCAAUCUGAUUAGAGAGCUAGAUCUUUUGAGAAAUCAAAGACUCCAUUUGGGUAGCAGUAAGUAAUGGAUACUGCAAAAACAGACAGAAUGGGAUAUAAUUGUUCAAAAUAUAUAUUACUAUAAUAUUUUUCUCAGUGUAUACAUUUGCCUCUAACAAGUCAUAGAGGCCUUUCCUAGAAUGGGGUUUCUGAUUAAUAUGUUGAACAUCUUCCAAUGAGUUAUUAAUUACAUUAAUGGUUUGAGGUUAACUGAUGU